AUGGCAAGUUCACAGGCUCGAGAAAGACUUUCAAGGCUCAAUACAAGCCAAACUCAACUGAACACUUCUGCUGUUUCGAACACCUCUGCGUUUGAGGACAAAUUUUCGCCGUUGUGCAAGACACGAUUACAGAAUGACACACAACGCUAUGAAGAUUUAAGGAUUGCAUCGAUUUGGAUGAGCUUUAAGUUACAUUCAGCACUGCUUCUUGUUCUCACCGUCGAUGCACUUCUAUUCAAAUCAUCAAUUUUAUCAUUUCUAAUUCUGUUUGGAAGUUUACCUGAAGCAAUAAUUCAAUCGUUGUCUCUUCUUUUUAUUAUUUACUGUUCUGUAGUUUCAAUUCUUCUUGUCGCUGAUAUGAAAUUUCCAAAAGCUUCAAACACUGUGCUCAAAGCAAUUGAACAGCUGUAUCAGUCUUCCACUGAAACUCCAGCUAAACCAAAGCAUGUUGAAAAGACGCCGUCAUCUGAAAAGAUUCUCUCGACAUCAAUGUCCGAUCACUCAUGGGUUGAUGCUCACAAAUUCGGAACCCCAGUGACUACUAAACCCGUCGAUAUCAUCUCGAAAAAGCCUUCGGAUUCAUUCAGAGCCCAACCAGAUGUUUCGCCGUUGAUUGAUGAUUCGAAGGUUGCUCUGAAUUGGAAAAGCCCUUCGGCAUAUGGAAAACCAAUAGAUAGUAUUCACACGAGAAAACAAUUGGAAGUUCUUCUCAAAUCUCACGCGAACGAUGCACCAAUUGAUAAGAACGCUUCACAGUCAUCAUACUUUUCUUCGAUUUGGAACGUGUUGGACUUUGGAAGAGGAUCCGCAACCCUAUUGAAUAGCAGUUAUCAAGUUUCGAAAGAAAUUACUGAUGACACACAAGGAAAUUCACCAUACAAGUUAAAAAUCGGAAAAGAUGGGCGCACGGAGCUUAAAUUGGUCCGUCGGCGACAAGCGAAUGAGCGUAUUGAUGAAGCCGAUGAAAAUGAUGAUGACGAGCUGACGAAAUUGCACAAAGUUAUGAAUGCCGCCCGAAAUGUUCCUGAAGUCAAAUCGGGAAUUUUGAAGCGAUCAAAUUCAAUGGAAAGAGGGCGUAGCGGAAUUCGACGGCGAUCACAAUCUUCGCCAGAUCGUAGCCCGGUAGGCGAUCAAGAAACAAGAGCAAGAUUGAAUGAUUCGCUUCUGACGGAGGAGCAGCAAAGGCGAGCUGAGUUCCGCGUUCGCGCUUGGCUUCGAAAUACAAUUAUUUUGCCAUUGGCGGAACAAAUUGAGGAAAUUAACGAAAUUUUAGAUAAGGAACAUGCGAAUCCUCCACUUCGUAUUGGAUCUUCAACUGUCGAUGCUCUCAAAUUAGCCAUCAUGGAACGCGAUUCUCUCAAAACUUCGAAUUUGCCAUUCCUUCUUCCAUUUUUGUCGAUUCACACCAAUCAGGCAUAUCUCGUGAGUCGUGUCAAAGAGCUCAGCGCCUCCGAAUUUAUGGAUGUCUAUAAAUGGAAUUCGGGUGGUACCGAGCCCAGCGAGGAUAAAUUGAAUUCUUCGCGAAUUGUGCAUCGAGAAUGGAAUGACUCACUUCCGACAGAUGCUUGCCUCGUGUUCGACGCUUUCUUGACUUAUAUGGACACGCAACUCAAUUCGAAUUGCCUUGUUGGCGAGCACAGAUUGGAUCAGCCGUUCAGCUCGCGUUACGCCCUCAAAUUCCCGAAGAAGCCGUCGCCAACGCAAAAAACGCCGUUCGAAUUCUAUUUGCACAUGGUAACCAUCAACCCGCCGCACUUUGAGUUUGUGCACAAUGAUGCGAAUGGAUCGCCGGUGAAGUUGACGAUUGCCCGACAGACGUCGAAUUUGUUCAGAGCGAUUGCCCAAUUUGUUCAUCAUGUCAAGGAAAUGAAUCACGGCUAUUUGGAUCAGACAAGCCUCGGACCAACCGGUAUCAAUCUCCUCUGCGUUCUCUCAUAG